ACUGCCAGCUUUGAUCAAACACAAAACCUAAUCUUCAAGCUUACAUUUAUGUGCAGAUGUUGAGCUCCCAGGGAAUACAAUAUGCAGCAGAAGUCUCUCUACAUGUCCGGCUCACAUUUAGAGCUGUUGGCAGUUGUUCAGGUGAACACGUCCAUCAGGAGUAGUGUUACAGUAUAGUCGGCCUGAGUGUGUAACAUCCAUGUUUCUCUACAUGCUGAUCUUCAUGGCGUAUCAUAGCAGCAGAUGGAUACCAAAGAAUCAGAGGUUAAAAUUUCAAAUAGUGAAUGCAGUGUUUGCGGCGCUUGUCCUGGUUCCUCAGCUCUACGUCAUGGGAAGGCCAACAUCCUCCAGAUACUGCAGGCAGCCCCUUCUGAACAACCUGUCUGCCUCGAUCGCCUUGUCCUUCGUAGCUUCAGGUUUCUCGGUGAUAUUCACAUUGAUAGACCCAGUUCCUCAGAGCUUGUGGGCCUCCUAUCAUGUGUUUGGGCUGCUGACAUGCGGACAAGGACUAUGCACUGCCAUCCUGACUCUGAGAGCAGCAGCAUGUGCCAAAACCACCCCUGAGCUGUACUACAUGUCCCUUAUUCUAACUGUCGCUUCUAUUUUCAGUACAGGGUUUUUCUUGGUGAGAGGAGGACUCUGGUUGACUAACAGGAAGCUUGUGACGGACCCGAGCAGAAACAAUGAGCAGUAAAAGUAGUCCAGCUGUCCCACGUUGACAUCUGAUACUCAACGUAAUUAAGAUUUCAUGAGGUUUCCAUGCCACCAGCCGCUGGUAACUUUAAACCAUGGGAAAGAGACUUAAUCCUUCUCACUCUUUAAUGCCCACUUCAGAACAAACCUCAUCAAACAGGUGUUUGUCUCAAUUUUUAAAGCUGUUUGCUUUUUAUUUGUUGGACAUUUGUUUCAUGUAACAGUCAUAGAAAGCUAGUAAAUAUGUACUUUACACUGUAGAUUCAGUGUAUAAUUAUCAUUACAGUACUGAAUGUGAUUUUUUUUCCUCAUUGAAAAUUAAAGCAACAGAUUAUAGCAGGAAAAUUAAAAGGUAUUGUUUCAAUUUCAAUCAGUUUGUAACUUUCAAACCGUAUGAGCCAAAUUUUAAAACAACUGGAAAAUUGGAAUGAAAAUCAAAACACAUGUAGGAAAUAAUUUAAAGGUGCUAAAUACGGGAUUGGUAGGAUUUGUGUUGC